GGGAAAAGGGGGAGAGCUGCGUGAGUUCAUGUGAAGACAUGAAGCGAUGCUGAUCCAAUAGCACUUAGAGACCGAGCGCUGCUGCAGCUGACAGGAGCUGUGCUCCGAGGGUCCGGGCUCGCUCCAGGAGGACUCAGCUGGAGCUUAGCCCAGCUGAGACUGAGGCGGAUCUACAUCAGCAGGCCCUCUGCGCCUCCUCCUCUCUGGAAGAGGAAGAGAAACCGCCUCUCCACCUCAGUCCUUGCUGCGAACUUCUGACCCCCCUCCCAUUGUGUCCACACUGGGAUGCGGACCCAGCAUGUCUCAGAGGGGGGCGUGCCGGGGCCUGGGGAACGCUCCGGGUUGUCACCGGGGUCUGGGUCCGACGGAGGGAGCCCGGUGGGCAGACAGGGGGGCCCAUUGGGGUACGGAAUCAGUGCGGGUGGAUGCACGGGUGGAAGUGGAGGGGGAGGUAGUCUAGGAGGAACUCUGAAUAGGAUCCUGUCCCGCUACUGGAGCCUGGAAAGUCUGCACUCCACCACAGCGGUGGUGGUCCCUGAUGGAGGAUCAGAGAAGUCCGUGUUUUGUGAUGAACUCUGUAGUAAAGAGGACAUUCUGUAUGAAGACUUUCACAGUUCUGGACAUCGGUAUGAACACCCAGGAGGAGGUGGAGAGCAGCUAGCCAUCAAUGAGCUGAUCAGUGAUGGCAGCGUGGUGUAUGCUGAGGCCCUCUGGGACCACGUUACCAUGGACGCACAGGAGCUGGGCUUCAAAGCUGGAGAUGUCAUCAAAGUGAUCGAUGCCACAAACAAGGAGUGGUGGUGGGGAUGCAUCAUGGACAGCGAGGGCUGGUUUCCUGCCAGCUUUAUACGGCUGCGUGUGAAUCAGGACGAUCCAGUGGAGGAGUACAUGUCCUAUCUGGAGGAGGCUGAAGCUGGAGAUGAGGAACAAGCAGGACCCGGUUUACCCUGUAAGGAGCAGAUGAGAGCCAACGUCAUCAAUGAGAUCAUGAGCACAGAGCGAGACUACAUCAAGCACCUGAAAGACAUUUGUGAGGGUUACAUCAAACAGUGUCGUAAGAGGACGGAUAUGUUCACUGAAGAGCAGCUCCUGACAAUCUUCGGCAAUAUCGAGGAGAUCUACAGAUUCCAGAGGAAGUUCCUGAAAGGCCUGGAAAAAAAGUUCAACAACGAGCAGCCUCAUCUCAGCGAGAUAGGCUGCUGUUUUCUUGAACAUCAAACAGAUUUCCAGAUCUACUCAGAGUAUUGUAACAAUCACCCCAAUGCCUGUAUCCAGAUCUCCAAGCUCAUGAAGGUCAACAAGUACGUGUUCUUUUUUGAAGCCUGCCGGCUGCUCCAAAAGAUGAUUGACAUUUCUCUGGAUGGCUUCCUGCUCACUCCGGUUCAGAAGAUCUGCAAGUACCCACUACAGCUGGCUGAGCUCCUUAAGUACACCAAUCCUCAGCACAGGGACUACACAGAUGUGGAGGCAGCUCUAAACGCCAUGAAGAAUGUGGCCCGGUUGAUCAACGAGAGAAAACGACGUUUGGAGAACAUCGACAAGAUCGCUCGGUGGCAGAGUUCCAUAGAGGACUGGGAGGGUGAAGAUGUUCUUGUCAAAAGUUCUGAACUCAUCUUUUCAGGCGAACUGAACAAGCUGUCCCAGCCUCAGACCAAGAGUCAACAGAGAAUGUUUUUCCUGUUUGACCAUCAGAUGGUUUACUGCAAAAAGGAUCUUCUUCGUCGAGACAUUCUGUACUACAAGGGUCGUAUGGACAUGGAUCAGGUGGAGGUGACUGAUGUGGAGGAUGGGAAAGAGAAGGAUUUUAACAUAAGUGUGAAGAAUGCCUUGAAGCUUCGGUUUGGUGAGGAAGUCCACCUUCUCUGUGCCAAGAAGCUGGAACUGAAGCAGCGUUGGCUCAGAGCCUUUGCUGAUGAGAGGAAGCAGGUUCAUCAUGACCGCGAGACAGGUUUUUCACUGACUGAAGUCCAAAAGAAACAGGCCAUGCUGAACGCCGGCAAACAUUAUGUGGUCAGUAAACCCAAAGCAGUGACCAGGCCGUACUGCGACUUCCUGCUGCGUCAGAAACACCCCUCCCUCCCCGCCGCUUUGCCCCAGCAGCAGGUCUUCAUGCUGGCUGAGCCCAAACGAAAAACCACCUUCUGGCACAACAUCGGGAGGUUGACACCUUUCAAGAAGUGAACCCCAAACCAGAAGGGAGGCUGUGGAGCAAUGGAGGGACGGCCUGAAAGAGAAAACCUGUCUAAUUCUCAUUCCUCUCAUUUCUUUCCAACUCGUAACUUUUCCAGGGUGACUUACUGAUCUGUUUAGAGGAAGAUUAUAAAGAGGAAGAGAUAAUUUUUGAAAGCACUUUAUUGGCUGGUGUCGUGGUGACACGGGGACGAACGGAGUGCGGACUUAACUAGUCGACUAACUGCUACUAAAUGUCUGCAGAGACCGUGGGAGUCCAGCUGAUUCUUUCCACUGGUUCUUUCUUUUGAUUUAUGAUUUUCCAACUUUUUAUUGUGUCACAGGAUUUAUUUGGAUAUUUCUCUGUUUUCUGUACUUUAAAGGGGAAGGAUGUUUCGUGCUUUUUUACGUGCAGAAACAUCAUUUCAGGAUUAUUUGAACCACAUUGCAUUGUUCUGUGCUCUCCAUCUGUAUAGAUUUGGUUCAUAUUUACUCAGUUGUAUACAGCGUUAAUGAUUCUGACUACACACCUAGAGAUUUGCCAACACUUUCCUUCAGGUGGAUCCUACGUUGAUGAGAGUACAUCAUCUGCACCAGUUCUUUUAUUUCAUUUUUUGUGCCAUUUAGCGUGCGACCUGACUUUUGAAGACGUGCAUGGAUGUGAUGAACUAAAACUGUGAAGACUUCUGGUUAAUAUUUACCUCUGCAGGACCUUGCUGUGUUUACCUGACUGACUGGCUGAGCGUUAUACUCUCACAUCAGUGCUUAUACCUUACUCUGUUGGUCUGGUCUCUGUAAUCUCAUGUUCAGUGCAGCCCAGUGAUGCUCUGUAAGUGCAUUCAGUGAAUCAAACUUAUUUCAACUUUAUGUUCAAAUGUUAACCAAUAUUAAACAUUCCUAAUCUACAAA